AUGCAUAGGAAACUGCCAUUUCAGUCUCAUUAUGUUACUACCAAGGAUGGUUAUAUUUUGAACUUGCAUCGUAUCCCUGGAUCUCGUGCAAAUAACAUUCCUAGAUCAGCUCAAAUGUCUGGCGAUCGGCCUUUAUCAGAAUCAAAGAGCGCUAACGGUACUGCUGCAAACAGUACUACCGCUACUAGUUGGAGCACUACAGAUGCCAGUCAACCAGAAGAGCGUGGCUUGGCCAAUGUAUCACACUUUCCUACAAAACCCGUUGUUCUGUUAUGGCACGGAUUUCUAAUGUGUUCCGAAGUAUGGGUAUGCUCUCCAGAUCCAACCUCCUCGCUGGCUAUCACACUUGCAGAGGCUGGGUACGAUGUAUGGCUGGGAAAUACACGCGGCAACAAAUAUUCCUGCAAGCAUACCAGUUUUAAACCAAACGGAGAAAGGUUUUGGGAUUUUUCUAUGGAUCAGCUAGCUCUUUGCGAUUUACCUGACUCGAUUGAGUAUAUUCUCCAGGUUACUGGCGUAUCAUCACUUACAUAUAUUGGAUUCUCUCAGGGCACGGCGCAGGGAUUUGCUGCAUUGUCACUUAGUACAAAGCUAAAUAGCCAAAUUAAUCUAUUCAUUGCUCUUGCUCCUGCCACAAAACCGCACGGACUAGAAAACAAAACAAUUGAUUCGCUUGUUCACGUAUCUCCAGAGUUUAUUUACCUGCUAUUUGGACACAGAGUGCUACUCUCAUCUGCAUUGCUUUGGCAAAGCAUUCUCUCUCCAGAAACAUUUUCCUCAAUCAUCGAUAUGGCCUGUCGCUUUUUGUUUGGUUGGAAGGCAAAUUAUAUGGAUGCAAAGCAUAUUGUGUAUAGACAUCUCUAUUCUUAUUCGUCUGUCAAAAUUGUUGUGCACUGGUUUCAGAUUAUGAAAACUGGGAGAUUUCAGAUGUAUGAUGAUCUUCCACCAAUGAUGCCCAAUGGUGUCGAGGGUUAUCAUAUACCACGAUUUCCCACGUCGCAGAUCCAGACUCCUAUCGCCAUCAUAUAUGGAGGAAAGGACACGCUUCCGGACAUGGACUAUAUUUUAAAAAAUACUCCAAUGCCCUCGUAUAUUCUUAAAAUUGAAGAAUACGAGCAUCUUCAGUUUUUAUGGGGCAGUGGUAUCUCCAAGGUUAUUUUCCCAGCAAUUUUAGGGUUAUUGCAUAAUCAUACACAAGCUUUUACAGAUACGCAGUCGUUUGCAGGUCACUCCUCGUCUGAGUUUCAGUCUACAUCUGAAUCAUUGCUUGAUACAGGUGGUGAAUUGGAAGGAUUUCAUUAUAAAUCAAAUUGCAAGCGGCAUGACUGUAACUCUGUCAAAGAUGCAGACAUCCGGUCUGUACCGUGGAUCUCACGUCAGGAAAUACAUCAGCUUUUACAGCUAGGAGAAGAAGAUCAUUUAUCGACAGAUUCGACUCAGGUUGUUGGUCGUGGAUCUUCGAUUUCUGUGCAACAAGUUCUCGAUUCUGUAUCACAACACAAGCAGCUUUUUCCUUUAGAGCUUGCUAAUUUUGUUGAUAUCAAGUCGAAUGGACCUGCAGUGUAUUUGGAUGGUUUAUCAACUCCUCAGUUUCCAGCAUGA